AUGGAUGUUAAGGUUGCUUGGAAUAGCAUGAAUGUUGAAAAAAUCAAAAAAUCCUUCAAAUGUUAUGGUAUUUCUAUAGUAAAAGAUGGUACAGAAGAUGAUUUUAUUUUUGAUUAUGAUUUUCUAAAUGAUGAAAAUGAUAAUCUAUGUGAUGAUGUGGUGUUUGAAAAUACCAUAUAUGAUGAUUUUGUUGCUGGUUAUAAAAAUACUUGGAAUUAA